AGGAUUAAAACACAAGAGAUUGAAAAUAAUAAAAUUUUUUCAAAACUUUCUGAUAACGAGAAAGAAGUGUUAAAGAAAGAAUGGGUUGAUAGUAAUGCAGGAACAGAAAAGACACGAGUUCUUAAGUUUAUAAUAGCCUAUUACAGUAUUAUCCAUCGAGUGAAUAUCGAGAUUACUGCAUCUACUGGUAAGGCUGCGCUUGAAUUAAAAUCGUCUGAUGAAUGUUCGAUGGUUAAUGAUAACCUUUUCAAUUCUAUCGUCCACCUAUUUACAAGAAGUGGAAUAACCGAACUGGGUAAAGUGCAUUUCAUAAUCACUGGUAACUUUUUCCAACUUCCACCAGUAUCGGGUGGUAUAUGUUUCCUAAACAAGAAAUGGUACAAUGAUAAGUCCUCCGGACUACUUCAUGAUUCGUGGAAAUCACUCGAUCUUGUUUACGUGGGAUUAACAGAAAUCUUUAGACAGAACGAUCCCGAAUUUAAACAUCAUUGCACCAACUUGCGAUAUGGAUUUUUAAUGAGGAUACGUUUUA